ACGUGUAAACGUCGCUAAACAGUGAGACUUGAGAUAACUCUGUGAUCAAAUAAUACAAAAUGAAUUGUAGUUUGUUCGUGUCAGGUGAUUCUAUUCCAAUAUUUGAAUAAUAAUUUUCUGUUUUAACAGCUUUGCCAAUUGAAAAUGAAAUGGUCCUGUCUUGUGUAUGCUGGAGCAAGACAGCAUUUUAAGCGGUGGUCAUCUGAUUGAAUAUCAUAACAGUCGGCAAUCUGCCUCCUGGUUGUGCAGUUCUGCAAUACACAAAAUAAUGUAAACAUAUAUUUAUAUUCUAUUGUGAUCUGUGAGGAGGCACUCUAUACAUCUACGUUGUCGUUGCAGCACUGACGAUGAUAUAGGAGAAGGCGAACAGCGUAGUGGAGCAGUACCUAGACGUGCCCUCCUGGAUCCACCGACAUCUGAUCGGCAAAAAGGGCGCCGACAUUCUCAAGACGAAGGAGGACAGCCCCAAGGUCUAUUUCGAAAAGAACAAGGACCGCCAGGAGAAGGACAAUCGUAUCAGAAUAGAAGAAUUUUUGGAAUGGAAAUCAAAGAUGGAACUGGAAACACAUUCUAGCUACUUCAGAAGGGCAGGAGUGAUUAGUACUUCGGGAACUAAGCACCUCUAUUAUCAUUGCUCACGAACUGGAAGAUAUAAACCUGUAGAAGUGAGACAACGAAAGCUGAAAUCACAAGGCACUGCAAAACUAGAAACUAAGUGUCCAUCAAGGCUAGUAGUGAGAGAAGGUGAUCAAAUUUAUGUGAAAUUUUUCGACAAACAUGAAGGUCACGGAACCGAUUUGAAGCAUAUUCGUCUACCACUUUCUAUCAGAGAAUACGUAGUAGGCAAGCUGAAAGAAGGAGUUGCAAUGAAGCAGAUUCUAGAAGACAUCAGGGAAGAAGCUAUUGCUAAGGAAGACAUGGGUCUGGCUUCCAUGAUAACCAAAAAACUCGUCCGCAACAUAAAAAAUAGUUGCGAAUUCACCAAGGACAUAAUGGAUCAUUCUCUCAAAAGAGAGAAGUCUGUGGAAAGAAAAAGAAAAAAGGUCAAAGAUUCAAUAUCCUGUGAGAGGAGUGAGCCAUCAGAAUCAAUUAUGAAUACUGAGGAAAAUGCAGGGAUUUUUAUAGAAGACUAUUUGGACAUGAACAACAUUCCAAGUAUUGAAGAGCACUUCAACCAUCAAAUCGUUGAUGGCGUUUUUGUAAUUGAACAAACAACAUCAGAAAAUGGUGCGGAAACAACACAGUAUCUACAUGUGAACAAUCUUUUAACAGCUGUUGAUUACCAAGAAGAAAAUUCUUCAGAAUCGGCAGAAAAUCAUGAGGAAACAACAGAGGAAACGGCUCUUGAGGACAAUAAUCUUGUAGCAGUUGAGUAUGAAGAAGUUGCCGAGCCGGUCACCAGUCGUAGACAACUCGUCAAUGAGUGCACCGCCAUUUUGACCACGCUACGAUCGCUAGUGUGGGACCUGAGUGAUAGUGAGUUGAGUAUUUAUAAGGCCAACUUGAAGACUCUCCUAGAAAUCUCUCUCGGUCAAGUCCCUGCUGAAGACAGUUUGCCUCAGUGACAUUCAUUUCAAAUUGGAUGGAUGGUGGAAAUUGAUGUUAUUAUUUAGUCAUGUAUAAUUGUUACACUUAUGUGAAAAGAAUGUUUAUAUUUGUCACUUGUUACUGUGAGGAAUGCUCAAGUGAAUCUCAUUGCACUUCAAGCCAAGACUGACUAUUAUCAAUACCUACUAUUACUUCUGGCCCCACAACUAAUCAAUGACGUCAUAACAUGUAGAUUGAUUCUUCCUAGAAUUAAAGUAGAAUUUCUACUAGCGUAUCAAUGUAUGGUAUGCUCUUCAACGUUUGUUACUGUA